AGGACAGAGGACGGUGCAUAAAGACGAACAAAACGAAAUUUCACGUUAAAUGCGUCUGUAAAAAAACUCUAUUUUCCUGCAUUUAAUUGCCUUCCUUUUUUCUGAUCCAAUCAGAUCUGGCUGGGUGCACAUCUGUGCUUAAUUUACGUAUGUAACUAGCAGUCGUGAAAUGAUGAAGCAGCAUUCUCAGCCGCAGUCGACAAACAGUUCUGCUCCGCCUAGACAUCAAAUUAAAUCAUCAGUGCGCUUCUCAACGCACCCGCUGCCUAUAAAGCAGUAUAUAAACAUGGCGGGUUAGCAAACAUGCAUCAGCUUGACAAGAUCAUCUUUAUAUAAUUAUCAAGUCGUAGAGGAUCUCUUCGAAAGACUUGCGACUGGAGUAAACUGAUUCAUCCAAACAAGAGAACAGCCAUCAGAAGAAUAUGAGAUACAAGAUCCCAGGGGCUGCCAUGGAUCGUGUUAGCGUGAUUUGGCGGUUGAGGCGUCGUGCUCGACGAGGGGCCCUGUGCAUGGCACUGUUCUGUAUGACUAUGGCUCUUCUAUACACACUUUGUGCUGAAAACAGCAUAACAGUUACAGAUGCCAUUUUCGGGGUGAAGGCAAGAACUCGAGCUCAACCACGAACACACGCUGUUGUUAAGGUAUUGCGGGGAACAGGAGGAUCGAAGCCCAUUUAUACUGAUCCUCAAAAGCUCCCAGGUGUCAUUCCUGGAGAUCCUCAAAAGCCUAUUCCUAUCCUGUCCUCUGUCAACUACUCUAUGGAGAACACUUAUAAGGACCACAACCUUAGGGGCAACAUAAAAGAGCAUGGAAUAUUUUACUGGCUUCUGGCCCAACCGCUGAGACAUGCUCUGGAGACUAUAUUUGGAGGGCGACGGAGAGGAGAUGUGGGUGCUGCAAAUGGGGAUGCUGUUGUUUUUGGGCCUAAUGGAGCACUCGGAGAGGUCUGGAAUGAUGAGAUGUCAACCACCAUGCUGGGAAAAAGGCUGAGGAAGGUGGUACAGAACUAUCAGGCAAUGAACAAAUAUGGGGUCCAGUACUCUGGACCUGAGGGUGCAGCACAUCGGUCUAAACUUAAUGGCCCUGAACUUCUCUGUCAGAUAAAUGAUAUGGUGCAGAUUGCAACUAUAACACCAGAUAUGGAGCCAUUUGCUGAGUUGCCCUGGGCUGCUCAGUUACCUCCACGGCCACUGACCUCUGACAUUGGCCCAUUCAAAACUUGUGCGGUGGUAUCAUCUGCAGGUUCUCUUAAAAAUUCUGGAUUAGGGAAAGAAAUAGACACUCAUGAUGCAGUGAUACGGUUUAAUGCUGCACCGACUGCAGGCUUUGAGAAAGAUGUGGGCUCUAAAACGACAGUGCGUCUGAUCAAUUCCCAGGUAAUGGCAUCAGAAGAUCACCAUUUCCUCUCCAGUUCUUUGUACAGUACAGGGAUUUUAGUAAGCUGGGAUCCUGCCCCUUACUCCUCCAAUCUACAUGAGUGGUACAACAAGACCGAUUACCCAAUAUUUAAACAGUAUCAGCGAUAUAGACGACUACACCCUCAACAGCCAUUUUAUAUUCUGCACCCACGAAUGGAAUGGCAACUGUGGCAGCGAAUACAAGACAAUAUGGCUGAGCCUAUACAAAAAAACCCACCCUCAUCAGGCCUGCUGGGCACAGUUCUAAUGAUGUCCCUGUGUGAUGUGGUACAUGUGUACGAAUUCCUACCCUCACGACGGAAAACCGAGCUGUGCCACUACUACCAGCAAUUCAGUGAUGCUGCAUGCACCCUAGGAGCCUACCACCCAUUAAUGUAUGAGAAGAACUUGGUAAAAAGGAUGAACCAGGGCUCUGACCAUGACAUAUAUACACAUGGCAGGGUCACACUCCCAGGGUUUACAACACUUAACUGCACUCAUAGCUCUACUUCCACAACUCUGUCAAAGACAUAAUCUGAGGGUACUUAUCUAUCUUUUUGUACACUUUCAGAAUGUAAUGGUAAAAUGGCUGCAUGAUUCAUUCUACAAAUUCAAGUACCCAAUCUGGUCUUUGAACAAGACUAGGAAUCAAUUCACUGCUGCCAUCUAAACUAUGGCCACUAGCAGGUCUCACAAACCACUGAUGUAAAGAACUCUUUGAGUGACAUAGAAUUUUACACAAGACAAAUCUAUAAACACUGAAUCUACCGUUUAAGACACUUCCUCAUUAUAAGACAAAAUACAUCUCUUUAAAAGUAGCCAAAUCAUUUCCAUCCAUAAAAGUGUAGCAAGUAAAGCUUAUGUCCAAAGCCCCCCUGCCACUUUCUUAAUGUGCAGGCUUUAAAUGUAUGCAACUGCAAUCCUGACAACUAGGGGUGUAACAGUUUAUCAUGCCACAAUACAUUGUGGUUAAACAUGAUGAUACACAUUGUGGAGAUGGGACCGUUUAAAAAAUAAAAUAAAAACAAAUUUGAAAUGAUUUUUACAUCUGUUCUGUACAAUUCGCAUGAAAUUGCUUCAUUACACACUAGCAGUCAUGUGUUUGGUGUCAAAGUCUGCAGGAUUAAACUGUUUUAGAUGGUUUCGCCCUCACCAUGUAAGUAAAUGCACCUUUUCAGCACAAGUGGUCAAAUGUCCAUUUGAAGUGUGAAAGCGAUCAGCUCUGCAUCAGAACAAAUUUAAGUUUACAGAGGUUUAAUGAUAAUGCUCUAUUAAUCUAAUAAAUAUAAUGCUGAAUAUUAUGUAGAAUAAUGCCAUGAGGGAAUAUAAUCCUAAUGUCAAAUGUCAUGUCUGAUUUGAUUUCAUCAGUAAAAUUAGAGCCUACAUUAUUUAACUGAAUAAGCAAGAACUUCCAUUUAAAAUCUAUUUUUAAAAUAAUAUUUUAGAUAAAAUUAGUGACAACACUAUUUUAGAAAAAUACAAUAUUCAUUUAAAAUAUAUUUUAAAUGUUUUUAAUAGGUGAAAGUGUGAAAGCAUAUGUAUCUAACAUAAUUCUGUAUUUUCAGCGAAGCAGAAUUAUUAUUUCCAUUUGGGGAUUGCAUGUGCUGAGCUUAUUUUUAGUCCCAGUACAGCUCUGAUGGAUCAUUUAACACUAAUGAAUAGUGCAUUUAGUUUAAUUUUACUUGUGAAGGAAAGGGACUGUUUUGCAUGUUUUAAAAGGAAAUAAAAAAAAACUGCUUUUAAUCAACUUUUAUUGAUUCAGGCUUUGUUUAAAGUAUCGCGAACCGAACUGAAUGGUGAGAUGAGUGAAUCGUUACACCCCUACUGACAACACAUUAAACACGCAAUGGUAAAACGGUUUCCAAAACCAUUUGUCAACACACACACACACCUCUAGCUUACUAAUACUUUAAAUCAGUGUCUUUUAGGAAACUAUAUUUCAAGGCCUGGAGAUCUGUAUGCAUUCAGUAAUGACACUGUGACAUGCUUUCUAUUAUAGCAAUCUAUAACAAGUCGUGGCUUUUGGAGAAUGUCCUUGCAUGCUUAACUGAAAUUGCACUAUGUCAUUCCUUUGAUAAACUUUAUACCUAUUAUACUAUUGUUGUAUUUAGGGAUUUGAUGAGAAAAAGCAAAGUGCAUGUUUGUCCGGUUUUAUACAGAUUUUAAAAUCUUCAUUUAAAAUGUAAUUUGAAUUUAAAGGAAGAUUCGGGUUCAAUACAAGUCAAGCUCAAUUGACAGCAUUUGUGGUAUAAGUUGAUAACCACACAUACACACACAAAAAAAAUGUUUUAGCAAAUAGUUUUACUCCUUUCAAAAAAUCUAAAAGCUCAAAUCUUACAAUGGAAACAAGGCACUUACAAUGGAAGUGACUGAGGACAAUCCAUAAACGUUAAAAUAAUCACUGUUUCAAGAGUGUACCGUGCAUCUGGAAAGUAUUCACAGUGCUUCACUUUUUCCACAUUUUGUUAUGUUACAGCCUUAUUCCAAAAUGUAUUAAAUUCAUUAUUUACCUCAAAAUUCUACAAACAAUACCCCAUAACGACAACGUGAAAGAAGUUUGUUGGAAAUCUUUGCAAAUUUAUAAAAAACAUUUUUUAAAUAAUCACAUGUACAUAAGUAUUCACAGCCUUUGCUCAAUACUUUGUUGAAGCACUUUUGGCAGCAAUUACAGCCUCAAGUCUUUUUUGGGUAUGAUGCAACAAGCUUUGCACACCUGGAUUUGGGUACUUUCUGCCGUUCUUCUCUGUAGAGCCUCUCAAGUUCUGUCACGUUGGAUGGGGACCGUCAAUGGACAGCCAUUUUCAGAUUUCUCCAAAGAUGUUCGAUUGGGUUCAAGUCUGGGCUCUGGCUAGGCCACUCAAGGACAUUCACAGAGUUGUCCCUAAACCACUCUUGCAUUGUCUUGGCUGUGUGCUUAGGGUCAUCGUCCUGUUGGAAGGUGAACCUUCAGCCCAGUCUAAGGUCCUGAGCAUUCUGGAGCAGGUUUUCAUUAAGGAUAUCUCUGUACUUUACUGCGUUCAGCUUUCCUUCAACCCUGACAAGUAAAAGGCACAUGCCGAUUAAAAAAAAUGGGGUAUGGAGUGUAGAGUGAUGUGAUUUUUAUUUAAAGCAUUUUAGCAUAAGGCUGCAACAUAACAAAAUGUGAAAAAAUGAAGGGGUCUAAAUUCUUUCUGAAUGUACUGUAAAAAGCUUCACAUUUCUGCUCUCUUCAAAAAUUGGACCCUAUUCACUCCAUUUUAAACUCUGUUUGCUUUUUUUUAGGGAGUCGAGUCUAAAUAAUUGUUUGUAGUAAUCUACAUUACACCAUAAAUGUUGUUGAUUAAGCUUAACUUGUACUCAACCUGGAAUAUUACUUUAAGCCCUUACAACAUGAAUGCACACAUGGGUUUGCAUUUUGAAGAGCAAACUCUGUAAUCUGCAAAGGGUGUAUUUUUUAUUUUUUUAAUCCUUAUGUUAAAGUUACUGUGUUUUGAUUUAAGAGGACAUGCAUAUGUAUCCCGUCUAUUUCUAUUUACUCAAGCAAACAGAUUACAAUAUGUAUUUGAAUAUAAAUAUUUCUUCAAGGGAAGAUGUCAUUGGAAUCCUGAAUGAUGUUAAGAAUUCUUAAUUUCAGAGACAGACUUUCUAUGUAAUGAACAUCCUUUUAAAAUGGACAGAGAAGGGCCUUAAAUUAGAAUUGCAAUUUGAAAGAUUUUUUUUGUUGUGUUUUUAUUCAAGUCUGAUAAUAGUAUGCAUGCUCAUUUAUUUUCUGAUGGAGACGAAUCUUAAUAUUUCAUUUGUAGCAUUCAACUGAUUAGUAUUAUGAUGUCAAAAAAAUAAACUAGACAGUAAAAAUGCUUUAUCGGAUUGCAAUUCAAAUAGUAUAAUUCAGUAGAUUCACUUUGUCAUGCCUUGCAUGGGUAAACCAAUCCAAAGCAAAUGAACAAAUCUGGACUAUGCACUAUAAACAACUGACAAAUGUAAAUACAUUUUAUUUGUAUCUGAUACAUGUAUCUUUCUAAAUGCAGGAAUUAGCUUAUUUUAAUUUUUUUUUAAGAAUUUUCCCUUUAAGCAUUCUGUCAGUAUUGUGAUUAUUUGAUUAGGUAUACACCUUGUUAAAACGUAUUACCAAAGUUGCUGUAAACGUUAUAUUUAAGAUUAUUUCAAAUUAACACAAGGACUGCUUGGACUGUUGUAAAUAUUUUGGGCAUACUGCAGUACAAAGGAGUAUGACUGGGUAAAAUUGUGUGCUUUUUGGAUGAUAUUCUCUGUAUUUGGAUGACAUCAAAUGUAAUUUACUUACAACAGCCACUACACCACACUGUCAAUUAUUCAAGUCACUUGAUCACUUAUACAUUUAUCUAAAUCCUGCUUGAUAUAUGGUUCACAAGUUUAGGCUAUUGCUGUGUGAAUGGGUGGGUCAGUUUAGUGUGCUCUAAAAAGGAGGGUAUGAACUUCAAAAGAGCAAAGCCUAUUUCUGUUCUGUUCUGUUAUUAUAUAUAAUUGCGUGUGUGUGUUUGUGUGUGUAUAUGUAUAUAUGUGUGUAUAUAUAUGUGUAUAUAUAUAUAUAUAUAUAUAUAUUAGUGUGUGUGUGUGCUAUUUUUUUAUUAAUUUUAUUAUUAUAUCUGUCUUGUUGCUGUAUUGUAUUGUUGUGCACUGGAAGCUUCUGUCACCAAGACAAAUUCCUUGUAUGUGUAAGCAUACUUGGCAAUAAAGCUGAUUCUGAUGACGUAUCAAGAAUGACACAGAAACAAAAAGUACAACUGUUAUGCUCUUAACAGGGUAACCUUUCAAUUUGGUUGGUUCACAAUCACAACUACUGUUCUUGUGUACAGAAAAUGUGUCACUAUAUCUGUGAAUUUGUACAUUUUUGUCUUGUUUUACUGCUCCAGGCGGUUCUGUAAAUGUUCAAGUGUAGGAUGUUAUGUGAUAAAUCCUAAAAUGGCAAAGAAAGCCCUGUUUCUUACAGGUGUACACUAAAUACUAUUUUCCUUUAACUAGAACUUUUUAUUAUUAUAAUAUCUGUCAAACAUCAUUUAGACCCUACAUGUACAUGUUCUAAAAUGACAUUGUAUGGCUCUUGGUACAUUUGGAAAUGAACCACAAAGCUGCCUGUAAUAUUGGCACUUCAUUUCACAGCUCUGUAAGGAUUAGUAGAUCAUUAAAACAACUAUUGCUUA